AUGCGGCGCGCGCGGAGCGUCACGGGGCCCUUGCGCCGCGCCCACCCGGCCUCGGGCGCCACCUGGAACGUCCAGGUGGUGAAGGGCAAGAUGAGCUCGACGUGUCUAUGGCACGCGUGCCGGGCGCUGUCGGCGGGCUUGCUGCUCAUGCUGCUCGGAGCUGCCAUGGCCGUCAUAGGGUACUACGCAGACACGCUCUCGGUGGCGCAGGAGGUGCGCGGCAACUCCACCGUGUCGGUGAAGGACGAGGCGCGCGGCUUCCAUCUCAACAACCUGUCGUACGCGGGACCUAUCGUCAUGGGCUUUGGAGGGUUCAUAGUAGUGGCGGCAUGCGUGAUGACGUUUGAGGCGCGCGACAGUGCAGCGAAGGUGACGCCGGCGCGGCCUCAAGCGAUGCCGCGGCCGCUGCCGAGGCGGGGGCCGGCCUGUGCGCCUGCGCGUCUCGACCAGCUCGGCGUCUACCGCCUGCCGCACGCUCUACCGCUGCCGCAUGCGUUGCCGCUCGCGCCGCUGCCGCAUAGACACCGCGCGCCGCAUCACAGGUACAGACUUAACAAAGUUGGUGGCGAAAGAGCGAAGGUACGGGCUCGGUUCGGUUCAGCGCCCGACCUGCAUAGCGCGAGCACCCGCGCGGCCUUGCCCGUCAGUGCGCUACGCCGCCCGCUACGCCGCUACGCGCUCUCCGUAGACGAGCCGCCGCAUUCAGCCGUUAGCGCUAGUGCGGCGGAAUCGGAGUGCGGGUCGCAGUCGUCGCUGGCGCUGGACCUGCACGGCAGCGGCGCGUGCGCCGGCAUCACUCUGCGCGUGCGCGACAACACGCGCCGCCGCCCGCUCGCAAGACAACAGCGGCUCAGAGACGAUACUGUUCACCCAACUCCGGUAGCGAGUACAACUAACAUAAACAACUUAGAAGAACCUACAGUCAGAACGGAUGAAGACGUCAGUAAAAACAACAUGGAUGUGGUGCAUUUGUGCGUGGAGCAAGAGGAGCGAGCCAGCAGCGCGCCGCCCGCGCCGGCCGCGCACGCGUCGCCGCCGCCCUCGCCGCGCCUCGUCGUCACCGCGUGCUUCUCCGAGUCGCCCGCCACGCCGCCCGACACCUGCAUCACCAUCGAGCCCGCGCCACGCACUCCUGGCCCGCCCCCGGCACACAAAUGAGAACAACCUGCGUCUCGCCCCGACGAGACACAACAACUAUCGGCAAACGAUUGAUACACUUUUGUAUGAAGUAUACAACUUUUAGUUAUUUAGACAAGAACAAUAAAAUGUAUUGUAUAUACACGAGUUACACGAGUUUUCGAUGUGUCUUCAUAAAUUGGCGACAAUUAGUAUCUAUUUUUUAAGCCUACUAUUGUAAAGUAGUUUAUUUGGUGUGUAUAAGAGCAUUUUCAUAAUUUAUAAGGGAAGACGAAAGAAAUGGGGGCCUACGAAUUGGCGAACAUUAAAUCUAAAUACUAUGGUGCCGUAGUGAAAGAAGAAAGACAUGAUUAAUUAUGUCUCACGUGUUAUAUAAUGUUGAUCAUGCAUAAGUGUAUUCAUUUGUUUUAUUCUGUAUUCUGAUAUACAACGACCGCGAGGGAUGACGUAUAAAUAAAUAAAUAGUAAAUGUCGGGACAUUUAUAUGUACAUUCAUAUGGUUUGAGGACAAACCCGAGCGUGCAGACAGUUGCUUUUGUGUAAGAAGAGUAGAAUGGUCUCAUACAUUGAGAAUUUUAUUAUGCUUACAUACAAGCCAUUUGUCGAAGCCGUUUGAAGUAGUUCUAUGAAGCCCCAAUAUUGUUCGUCGUUGUUGUUGGUUGAAAUAUGUAAGAUGUUAAGAAUUUGUGAUGUUACUCUUUUGACCUCCCUGUUUCACGUGUUUUCAAUUACUCCACACAAAGCCUUAAGCUCUUGUCAAUAUUCUAAUCUACAAACAUAGUGCAAUUAACUAACAUCUCACCAAAGAUAUUUAAGUGGUCACUUAUUAACGACUAGGCCAAUAAUAAAAAAGAUUGUUAAAAUAAUCAAUUUAAUAAUAUUAAACCAUUUUAAUUUAAUCAUCCGUUGUUAAAUUAAAAGACUGAUAAAAGCGAAUUUCAUAAAAAAAUAAAUCACAUAAUUUUACAAGCCCUUAUAAUUAAUAUAUAUUGAAUAUGGUA